AUGAGGUGUUAUGAGGCGCGCCGGGCGACGGAGGCUGGCGAGCGCGCCGCGAGCGAGGCCGAGCGCGCGGAGGCCCCGCGGGCGCAGCUGCGCGAGAACAUCCAGUACGUGAUGGCCGGGCUGCGGACUGCAGCUGCGCAAACGCGCAGCCAGGCCGGGUCCAAAAUAGAGGGGACCGUGGCGACGACGACCGUCGCCUCGGACUGGCUCGCAAACGAGCUGGCCGAGUAUGGAGAGAUUGAUGCGGCAUGCCGCGACAGAUUUGUGAUGCACCUGAUGACGGCCGCCGGCGCCUCGGCGCCGGCCGACGCCGUGUUCAGGUUCACAGCCGGCGAGGCGAUGCAGACCUCUCGCCCGACCUCCGCGUCGGGCGAGGACGACGACGAGGACACCGGCUCCGAGGAGUCUUCCGACGACAGGGCGUCCGACUAG